AUGCACAGGUCGAGGUCCGUGGGCAAGAUCAAAAAGCGCCUUCAAGAGGUCAAGAACCAAUGGAGCCGUCUGGCCAAGGCGGACUUCAGCCACAACGAAAGCGCCCGGCUGGCCGUGGACGCUCUCCUGGACGGUGGCCCCGAGGCCUACCACGCUGCCCUGGGCAAGGAGGGGGAGGUGGACUUCCUGUCCUCCGUGGAGGCUCGGUACAUCCAGGACAACACCAAGGAGCCCUACUAUGCCCAGGAGCCCCCAGGGGACGCGGAGCCCGGCCCCAGGGCCAGUGAUGCCAGUUCUGGCCAGUCCGGGACCUACUUCCCCGUGCAGUCAGAGGGCAGCGAGCCGGCCCUGCUGCACACGUGGAGCGAGGCCCACAAGCCCUACAUGAAAGACAAGGCCAGCGCCACCGUGUACUUCCAGACAGACAAGCACAACAACAUCAGGGACCUCAUCCGCCGCUGCAUCAGCAGGACCAGCCAGGUCCUGCUCAUCCUAAUGGACGUAUUUACAGAUACAGAGAUCUUCUGUGAUGUGUUGGAGGCGGCCAACAAACGAGGUGUAUUUGUCUGUGUGCUCCUCAAUCAGUGUGGUGUGAAGCUCUUUCGAGAGAUGUGUGAGAAAGCUGAAAUCCUGGACAGUCACCUGAAGAAUAUUUCAAUCCGAAGCGUGGAAGGGGAAACAUACUGUGCCAAGUCUGGCAAGAAGUUCUCAGGCCAGAUCCAGGAAAAGUUCAUCAUUUCUGAUUGGAGAUUCGUCCUGUCUGGAUCUUACAGUUUCUCAUGGCUAUGUGGCCAAGUCCACAGGAACUUCCUGUCCAAGUUCACGGGCCAGCCGGUGGAGCUGUUUGAGGAGGAGUUCCGCCAUCUGUACGCCUCCUCCAAACCUGUGAUGGGCCAGCGAUCUCCUGGGCUGGUCAGGCCCCUCCGGCCAAGGGGAGGGUCUGCGUUCCCUCAGGACAGCUUCACUGACAGCAGCUGUCCAUCCAGUGACCACACACCCUCCGACCCCUUCAGCAACCCCUCCGCUAGUGGCGAUGCCCACCACCAGUCUCACACUGUGUCUUCAGGGACCAGUAGCCCCUCAGCUCCAAACCCCCCACUUCCCAGGGCCCGCUCCUUCCAGAGUUAUGUCCCCUGGGCACCCCAGCCCCAGCCUCCUCAGGUUAGCUACCAGACGAGGCAUUACGUCCCCGAAGGCCCUGCAGGCCUCUAUAGCAAUCUCAAUGUCUACAGGCCUGGGAGGCUGCGGCUAGAGGACUUGGGCCUCGGGCCCAGGCAGGCCCCUGGCUGGAGGCCCUUUUCCCAGCUUCGCCUGGUGUCAGAUUAG